AUGGCUCGUCUUGAGAGACAACUUAUCGAUGGCGAACGUAUUAGCGUAGUUCCAAAUUUCCUAUCAGUGAGUCAAUGCGAAGAAUUAAUUCAACGGGCGGAAUCAUCAGGUUUUAAAACCAGUCCUCCGUCAGGCGGUGGUCAUGGUCGUACGCAUCGUGAAGACGCUCGAAAUAAUGAGUACACCGUCGUUACAGAUCAAGAUAUUGCCAAUCAAUUGUAUCGACGGAUCUUUCCAUUACUUCCUCAAACGUUGGAAUGGAUGCCUGACAAUGCUUAUUUUACGAAAGGAAUCGGUGGUCGUGAAUGGACCAUUGCUGGCUGUGUUGAUCGCCUGCGAUUUUAUAAAUAUCAAAAAAGUGAGGAAUAUCCUGAACAUAUGGAUGGUAGUUAUAGUCGCACGAUUACGUACAAUGACGAAUCCAAACGAUCAUACAAACAGCAUUCGUUUCUAACUUUAUUGAUUUAUUUAAACGAUGAUUUUGAAGGUGGAGAAACGAAAUUCUUUCCUGAUAAGCAACAUUGUCGAUUUCUGCGUGAUAUUGAAAACAAACAACCCGUACAUACGAUUGAACCUAAACGAGGCAUGGCUUUGGUUAAUAUUCAUAAUAUUCUUCAUGAAGGAUCAAAAGUUCAAUCAGGUGUUAAAUACGUUCUACGAACGGAUAUUUUAUAUCAAAAACCAUUGGAAUCACAUCCGAAAUUGGAAAAAUUCACACAGAAUAACCCUGAUAAUCAUGAUAAAGUGAUUGUUAGUGAAUGGGAAAAGCAUUUUGAACCAUCUUGUAAAAUGUAUCAUGAUUAA